AUGGAGCCCGUGCCAGUUCCUAUCGCCACGGCACCCGAAGGGCCACUGGCCGAGGGAGAGUGGUUUCUUAGAGUAGAGGAACCGGUUCGGCGCUGCACCACACCCAGGACCUCAGUACCAGCUUCGUCAGGUCAGUCACCUGUGCCCACAUCAACGGGCCGCGAGUCAGAGCCAGCUCCUUCCGUCACAGACCCACCGAGUGAUGAGGAUGCCCCUCCAAGGAGGACCACUCGGGCCACGGCCGGAAGACACCCAAAUCGCUACCACCUUCCCCAACCAGUAGGGAACUUUAAGGAGUGCUUCUCCCUGUAUGCUCGGCAGAGGGACGGCAGGAUCCAGGCCUCAGACCUGAUGUUAGUGAUGAGGUGUUUGGGCUCCAGUCCCACCCCUAAUGAAGUGCAGCGCCACCUGCUGUUCCACAAUACAGAGCGCGGAGGAGACCUGGACUUCUCCACCUUCCUCAGCAUCAUGCACCGUCAGCUCCAGCAGGAGGCGCCAGAGGCCGAGGUCUUGGAGGCUCUGCAGAUGGCAGACAAGGAGCAGAAGGGCUACAUCCUGGUGUCUGAACUGAGGUCCAAACUCACCUGUGGAGGAGAGAGGCUCACGGACCAGGAGGUGGACGACCUGCUGAAGGAGGCAGGAGUGGGAACAGACGGGAAAGUUUACUGUGAACACUUCUCUAAAGCUGUAGCUCGAUUCUGCUCCAAACCAUGA